AUGAUACCUGCCUCCUCUUCCUCUCUAGUCUCAAAACUCCUCCUCCUCACGCGGCGGUGCCGCUCUCUCUCUCCCUAUUCUACUUUACCCCCGUUCUCUUCCAAAACCCUGAUCCACCACAUCUCCAACGCCUUCCUCCAAAACAACCCCAAGCUCUUAAACCCUCAUUUUCUCUCCAAAUUACAACCCCACCACCUCCACCCCAUCCUCCUCUCCCUUCAAUCCAACCCCGUUUCGGCCCUCCGCUUCUUCGACUGGUCCCACGGCUCCCUCGGCCUCCACCACUCCCCGCAGUCCUUCUGUGACCUCAUUCACCUGCUGCUCCGCCACCGGAUGCUCGCUCCGGCUUCCCGCCUAUUCGACACAAUGGUAGGUCAGUUCGGGUCUCAGUUUAACUAUUUUGCUGCAUUUUCUGAUUAUUUUCGGAAUCACAGUUCCGAUGUUAGUCUUGUUUGUAGCUUUCUGAUUGAGAAUUUUUGUCGAAAUGGGAUGUUGGAUUCGUCUGUUGAUACCUUCAUUCGUAUGUAUAAAUUGGGUGUUCCGGUGUCUCCUUAUGCGUUGUCUAGAAUGCUGAAUUGUUUGGUUGAUGCGAAUCACGUCGACAUGAUUCUCGAUGCAUAUGGAGAAAUCUGUAGUGCAUUGAGAGGACAACAAUUUUAUGUGUAUGAGUUUGUUAUGGUUGGUCUUCUGAACAAGGGUAGAUUCGAAAUGGGUUUGGAAUUUCAUUCUGCAUUGAUUGACAGAGGCUUUUCGCUUGACAUUGUUGCUUGUAACAAGAUUUUAAAACGUCUUUGUAAAGAAAAUCAGGUUGGAGAUGGUGAAGAUUUCUUUACGGUAUUGCUAACAGUUGGUCCGAAGCCAAAUGUGGUGACGUUUAGCACGAUGAUUAACAGGUAUUGUAAAGAUGGGAAAUUGGAAGAGGCAAAGAAGCUUUACAAGAUUAUGAUAGAGAAGGGUAUCGGUCCUGACUUGGUUGUAUAUAGUAUCCUAGUUGAUGGUUUUUUUAAGGCAGGGAAAUUCGAGGAAGGGUGUUGGCUUUUUUCAGCGGCGUUGGAUUGUGGGAUUAAGUUGGAUGUAGUCAUUUUCAGUUCUGUUAUGGAUGCUUACGUGAGAAUUGGAGAUCCGGUGAAGUCAGUGGAGGUCUACCGAAGAAUGCUGAAAGAAGGGAUCUCACCAAACUCUGUUAGUUACACCAUUCUUAUUAACAGCAUGUGUCAGGAUGGUAAGGUUGUGGAGGCUUGUGGAAUAUUUGGUCGGAUUUUGAAGUGUGGUUUUGUGCCAUCGAUUCUGACUUAUAGUAGUCUGAUUGAAGGAAUGUGCAAAAUAGGGCAUUUAAAAGAUGGAUUUCAGCUGUACGAGAGUAUGAUCAAGAUGGGCUAUGAACCUGAUAUUAUUCUUUACGGUGUGUUAUUAAAUGGCCUUUGCAAAAAUGGGCUGAUGGGUGAUGCUCUUAGGUUCUUCUUUCAAGCUGUUCAUAGGGGCGUUAAGCCAAAUGUCUAUACUUUCAACAUGUUAAUAGAUGGUUUCUGCAGAUUGAAACGAUUGAGGGAUGCUGUGAAGGUGUACAUCCAAAUGGGAAUUUAUAACAUAAAACCAGAUGUGGUGACGAAUACCGUGCUUAUUAAGGGUAUUUCUGAAGUAGGGAGAUUAAACGAUGCGUUGGUGUUUUUCUUCCAAUCAGUAAAGAAGGGUUUCUUACCUGAUGUUGUAACAUAUUGCACACUGAUUGAUGGUUGCUGCAAGCAGAAACAUUUACAUGCCGGACUCUGGCUAUUUGAGAUGAUGCAAAGAAAUGGAGUAAAUCCCGAUAUUGCCAUUUAUAAUGUCCUCAUCAAUAUGCUGUUCAAAGAAAAUUGCAUAGAUGCUGCGCAGGAAGUCUUUGAGCGGUUUGCUGAAAGUGGUCCUGAACCUGAUAUCAUUACAUACAACACAAUGAUUUGUGGUUAUUGCUUUCAGAGAAGGUUAGAGGUGGCUGUUCAACUUUUUGAAGAGAUGAUGCAGGGGCAGUGCAAACCCAAUGCCAUUACUUGCACUAUAUUGAUUGAUGCAUUUUGUAAAGAAGGUAAAAUGGACGAUGCGAUGUUGAUGUUCGAUAAAAUGCAUGAAGGGAUCCUGAACCGAACGUGGUCACAUAUAGUUGUCUGA